AUGUAUUUCCUCAAAGCUUUUCUGCUCCUGUCGGUUUUCGGCCUAGCGCAGCUGGCAGCGGCCAAUCCCGUAUCAUAUGUUGGUCUGGAAGCCAGGGACCAGAAACCAAUUUGCCAAGUCGGUACCAACGGUGACGGCACCAAUCCAGCUGAUACCUGCACCGAUUUCUUCGAGUCUUGA